GACCAUCACAAAGAUGUCAUGGUGCCCUCAGUAUCGCAGUUCAAAGUUCCGCCACGUUUACGGCAAGGCCACCAGCAAGGAGAACUGCUAUGACUGCGUCCCCAUCACCCAGAGUGUCCAUGACAACCAUUUCUGCGCUGUGAACCCACAUUUCAUUGCCGUGGUGACAGAGUGUGCGGGUGGAGGGGCCUUCCUUGUGAUUCCAGUAAAUCAAACGGGAAAACUCGAUCCACACUACCCUCGCUUCUGCGGGCACAAAGGCAAUGUGCUGGACAUCAAGUGGAACCCUUUUGAUGACUUUGUAAUAGCUUCUUGCUCCGAAGAUGCAACUGUGAAAGUCUGGAACAUUCCGCAACAUUUGCUAAAGCAAAGCAUCACCCAAGCUCAGAAGGAGCUCCUGGGUCACGCCCGAAGGGUGGGGCUUAUCGAAUGGCACCCAACUGCGAGCAACAUCCUUUUCAGCACUGGUUAUGAUUAUAAGAUCAUGAUCUGGAACCUCGACACCAAAGAGUCUGUCAUUGAAACCCCAGUGAAGACAAUCAACUUCCACACAGAUGUGAUCCUCUCCAUGUCCUUCAACACGGAUGGGAGUCUCCUAGCCACGGCCUGCAGGGACAGGAAAAUACGGAUCAUCGACCCCCGAGCAGGAACCCUUCUACAGGAGGCGAGCAACAGGUCCCACCGAGUGAAUAAAGUUUUGUUUCUAGGAAAUUUGAAAAAGCUGGUUUCCACGGGGACGUCCAGGUGGAAUAACAGGCAAAUUGCAGUAUGGGACCAGGGUGACCUUUCUGUGCCUUUAGUAGAAGAGGACAUUGAUGGUUCCUCGGGUCUCUUGUUUCCUUUCUAUGAUGCUGACACACGCAUGCUGUAUGUAUUGGGCAAGGGUGAUGGAAACAUCCGGUACUAUGAGAUAAGUCUGGAGAAGCCAUACCUCAACUACUUGAUGGAAUACCGUUCCCCUUUACCCCAGAAAGGAGUCGGAACCAUGCCAAAGAGAGGCCUGGAUGUCUCUUCCUGCGAGAUCUUCCGAUUCUACAAACUGAUUCCCAUGAAGAGCUUGAUUGAGCCUGUUUCGAUGAUCGUGCCUCGGCGGUCUGAAUCGUACCAGGAAGACAUCUACCCGUUGACAGCUGGAGUCCAGCCAGCACUGACAGCAGAAGAAUGGCUGAACGGCAUCAAUAAAGGCCCUGUCUUGAUGUCCCUGAGACCCGGUUCUGUCAUCUUAAACUCUUUACCUCCGUUUUCCGAGGAGUCAUCCCCGGAAGCUACAGAGCCCGUGCUGUACCAGAGCAAGGUGCCCGAAACCAUUGAAAAGCCAAGCAGGAUCCAAGAGAAAUGCGGGAACCGGAGAGCAGAGGAAAGGGGCCAGGAAGACAAGAGAAUGAGGCUGGCGAAUGGCUUCGAUGUAUUUGAGUGUCCUCCGCCUAAAACGGAAAAUGAGUUGUUGCAGGUGUUCUACAGACAGCAGGAAGAAAUACGGAGGCUUCGGGAAACACUGAUCCAGCGGGACGUCCAGAUCAGACAACUCGAGCUGGAAAUCAAAAAUGUUCACAUGGAUACGGGCAGGUUCUGAUAAGAUGCAGCUUUUGGAAGGUAGCUCAGCUGCAGGGCAAAUGAGGCCUCAAGUUUAAUACUGUUGGGAGAUCACAGCCCAGGAGGAGAAACAUCCGAUUCUGCUGGCAACCGUUGGCCCGUUUCUUGCGAGCUGGGGGCUGCCGCUGGUGCUUUGUUUAGUUCUCUUUAUGAGGGUCUCCUUUUACAAUUGGACCCAGAGUCAUCGUCCCCUCCUGGCCGAAAGGUGGAGCAGCCUGAAGGUGAAGACAGAGGCCCCUGACAGCAUUCUGUGCCUUUGUGUGCCUGGUGUUUUCACUGAAGAGCCCACAACCUCCAUCUGUGCUUGUUUGGACCCUGCAGGGCUGCCCAGUACUGAACUGUAGAAGCUCCCCAAAACAACUCAGGUGUUGCCCUGACCAGCCAUGGCUCCGGGGUGGCUUCAGAGUUGGCUUGAUAAGGAUGCAGGUCAAGGUCGUCUGUCUCCUAUUAGCUUUACAGACCUCCUUUGCAAAUACCGUUGUGUCUCAGAGGUAAGGAGCAGAGGAAGGGGUUAUUCGGGAAUUCGCUGUCGAAAGGAAGCAUGCGCUUUUGAGAGGAGGACUAAUAGGCUGUAGUGGAGGAGCGAGACCUGCCAAGCAUUUGAAAGGAACGUUUUAGUUGUCGAGCAGAGCAAGAAGAGAAGUCUUAUCGCCGGAGGUGAGCAAGUUGCAGCCAGAGUGUGCAUGCUGCUCCCAUGUCCUUACAGUCAUCUUCCAGCUUCUCAUAGUCUUUUCCUCCUGGGAUCACUUCAUGCCUUAAAGCCAGCAAGGGAGUCCUCCUCCCGUUCCCUAGGACAACUUCCUUCUUGUCUCAAGCUCAGCAGUCACUGGAUUGCCUCUUUUCUCCUUCUGCCUUCCUUGCUUCUGGACAGCAAACCAAAGCCAAGAGUCGGGCAGCGCAGUCCGAUGUCUGCAGAAAUGCCCUGCUGAUCCCAUCUUUUAUUCGCUUUUCAGAGCACUGAAGUCUUUCAAUUAACAAUCAUGGCAAAUUGGUAGUGCUCUUCUUCCAGGUUCCUUUCCAUUUUGUGCAUCGAUGCCUAGAGCUUCUCUCAUUUUCCCUUGUUGCCUGUCGAUUUUUUGUUUCCAUGCUAGUCUAUGCAAAGCACUGCCAUCCAAAUAAUUUCCGUUGCCUGUCUCAGGGCUGACUGCUACAGUUGUCCAAAGAUUGUGAGAUCCUGGAUGGUGGUGGGGAGGCCUUUCUGAAACUAAUAAACUUUUAAGCAUUUCUUUCUGAUCAUGUGGACUAGAAGCACUGAUUAUCUAUAGCCGCAGUGCUCGAAACACAAUUGUAAAA